UUAAGCUUUUAUUUAACUUACGACGCUUGUUUUGCUCUAUAUCUUAAACAGAUAUUAAAAAGAAACUUGAUAAAUACCUUUAUUAUAGAAUUGUAUACUUACUUAUAUGGGAAAAAACUUAAUUCUAAAGCAUUGAAAGUUAUAAUGGCAUUUAAUGGAUUCAUCAUAAUAAUAAAUAUACUUUUUUUUGGCCUACGUCAAGUUCAACUCCAAGAUUUUAGUAAUCCAUGCUCAAUCAAUCGUGGUGGAUGCGAUCAGAAAUGUGAAAGCCUUUCGAGCAAAGUGAUAUGUUCUUGCUAUUUCGGAAAGCUGCAACCUGAUGGCAAAACAUGUAAAAAAGAUUUUAGCGAUCCAUGCUCAAUCGAUGGUGGCGGAUGUGAUCAAAUAUGUGGAACAAUUUUGGGUAAAGCGGUAUGUAAAUGCUAUAUCGGAAAACUGCAAUCUGAUGGCAAAACAUGUAAACAAGACUCGUGUGUUCAAAAAAAUUGUUCUCACGAUUGUUACGAAUUACUAGAUAGUGUAAUGUGCUCAUGCCCACCUGGAAUGGAUUUGCAACCUAAUGGUCUGAUUUGUUUAAACAGUGAUACAGGUUUAUUUCAAAGAAAUGGAGUACUUAAACCCAUUGGCAUUAUUUGUGGCAUCAUUUUUUCAAUUUGUUUAAUAAUAAAUUACCUACGCAAAAAAAAAUUAGAGAGAACUUCUGCAGAAGAGUCAAGAGAAAUGCAACGUCCCGGUACAGAUGUGGUUGUUCCACAUACUUUUGACACACAGAAUUCAGAUGUUGGACAGCCUGCUCCGAAUCGCCAUGAUUAUUUGAAAGAAGAUUUGGGAGUAAUUAACAUGGCUAACACUAAUAAUUCCUCUCCUCCAUAUGAUUUAGAAGAUCUACACCGACCGCUUUCAUACGAAUCUACACAGUGUUUAAACUCAUUAAAUGUUAUUUCAAGCAAUGACCCUCCGCCUAUGUACUCUGAAUAAGAUUCUUAUUAAAAAUUGAACGAAGUGUUUAUUAAAAGUACUUAUAAGUUACUUCAGUUUUCCAAAUUUUAACAAAGAAAUCAUGUUAUCUCUCUUACUGAUCAAUAAACAUAAUAAAAUUUUUUAAAAUCCGUAAA